AUGGAGCAAACGGACUGCAAACCCUACCAGCCUCUCUCAAAAGUCAAGCAUGAAAUGGAUCUAGCUUAUACGAGUUCUUCUGAUGAAAGUGAAGAUGGACAAAAACCAAGACAGUCGUACAACUCCAGAGAAACUCUGCAUGAGUACAACCAAGAGCUGAGGAUGAAUUACAAUAGCCAGAGCAGGAAGAGGAAAGAAGUGGAGAAAUCUACUCAAGAGAUGGAAUUCUGUGAAACUCCUCACACUCUGUGCUCUGGCUACCAGACAGACAUGCACAGUGUUUCUCGGCAUGGCUACCAGCUAGAGAUGGGCUCUGAUGUGGACACGGAGACGGAAGGGGCGGCCUCACCUGACCACGCUCUGAGAAUGUGGAUACGGGGGAUGAAAUCAGAACACAGUUCCUGUUUGUCCAGCCGGGCCAACUCUGCAUUGUCCUUGACUGACACAGAACAUGAAAGGAAGUCGGAUGGGGAGAAUGGUUUUAAAUUCUCUCCUGUUUGUUGUGACAUGGAGGCUCCAGCUGGGUCUACUCAAGACAUGCAGAGCAGCCCACACAACCAGUUCACCUUCAGACCCCUCCCGCCGCCUCCGCCGCCUCCGCAUGCGUGCACAUGUGCCAGGAAACCACCCCCUGCAGCCGACUCUCUUCAGAGGAGAUCAAUGACUACCCGCAGCCAGCCCAGCCCAGCUGCUCCAGCUCCCCCAACCAGUACACAGGACUCGGUUCAUCUGCAUAACAGCUGGGUCUUGAAUAGCAACAUACCAUUGGAGACCAGGCAUUUCCUGUUUAAACAUGGGUCUGGUUCCUCUGCUAUCUUCAGUGCGGCCAGUCAGAACUACCCGCUGACGUCCAAUACUGUGUACUCGCCUCCUCCCAGGCCACUUCCUCGAAGCACCUUUUCCAGACCUGCCUUUACCUUUAACAAACCUUACAGGUGCUGCAACUGGAAGUGCACGGCCUUGAGCGCCACUGCAAUCACGGUGACUUUGGCCUUGUUGCUAGCCUAUGUGAUUGCAGUACAUUUGUUCGGCCUGACUUGGCAGUUGCAACCAGUUGAAGGACAGCUCUAUGAAAAUGGAGUUAGCAAAGGGAACAGAGGGACCGAAUCCAUGGAUACUACUUACUCUCCAAUUGGAGGAAAAGUUUCCGAUAAAUCAGAGAAAAAAGUGUUUCAGAAGGGACGGGCGAUAGACACUGGAGAAGUUGACAUUGGUGCACAGGUCAUGCAGACCAUUCCACCCGGCUUAUUCUGGCGUUUCCAGAUUACUAUCCACCAUCCUAUAUACCUGAAAUUCAAUAUUUCUUUAGCCAAGGACUCUCUGCUGGGAAUUUAUGGCAGAAGAAACAUUCCACCUACACACACGCAGUUUGAUUUUGUAAAAUUGAUGGAUGGAAAACAACUGGUCAAGCAGGAUCCUAAGGGCUCUGAUGAUACCCAACACUCCCCUCGGAACCUGAUCUUAACCUCACUGCAAGAGACCGGUUUCAUAGAGUAUAUGGACCAAGGGCCUUGGUAUCUGGCAUUUUACAAUGAUGGAAAAAAGAUGGAGCAAGUGUUCGUGUUAACCACAGCAAUCGAAAUAAUGGAUGACUGUUCAACCAAUUGCAAUGGAAAUGGAGAGUGUAUCUCGGGCCAUUGUCAUUGUUUUCCAGGAUUCCUUGGGCCUGACUGUGCGAGAGAUUCGUGCCCUGUGCUGUGUGGCGGGAAUGGAGAAUAUGAGAAAGGACACUGUGUCUGCCGAAAUGGCUGGAAGGGGCCAGAGUGCGACGUUCCAGAAGAGCAAUGCAUUGACCCAACAUGCUUCGGUCACGGCACCUGCAUCAUGGGGGUCUGCAUCUGUGUGCCAGGCUACAAAGGAGAAAUAUGCGAGGAAGAGGACUGCUUAGACCCGAUGUGUUCCAGCCAUGGCAUCUGUGUAAAAGGAGAAUGUCACUGUUCUACUGGUUGGGGAGGAGUCAACUGUGAAACCCCACUUCCUAUAUGUCAAGAGCAGUGCUCAGGACAUGGAACUUUUCUUCUGGACACUGGAGUGUGCAGCUGUGAUCCCAAGUGGACAGGAUCUGACUGCUCAACAGAGCUCUGUACCAUGGAGUGUGGUAGCCAUGGAGUCUGCUCAAGAGGAAUUUGCCAGUGUGAAGAAGGCUGGGUAGGACCAACAUGUGAAGAACGCUCCUGUCAUUCUCACUGUGCCGAGCAUGGCCAGUGCAAAGAUGGAAAAUGUGAGUGUAGCCCUGGAUGGGAGGGCGACCACUGCACAAUUGCUCACUACUUAGAUGCUGUCCGAGAUGGCUGCCCGGGGCUCUGCUUUGGAAAUGGGAGAUGUACCCUGGAUCAAAAUGGUUGGCACUGUGUGUGUCAGGUGGGUUGGAGUGGGACAGGCUGCAAUGUUGUCAUGGAAAUGCUUUGUGGAGAUAACUUGGACAAUGAUGGAGAUGGUUUGACGGACUGUGUGGACCCUGAUUGUUGUCAACAAAGCAACUGUUAUGUAAGUCCUCUCUGUCAGGGCUCACCAGAUCCUCUUGAUCUCAUUCAGCAAAGCCAACCCCUCUUCUCUCAGCACACCUCAAGACUCUUCUAUGAUCGAAUCAAAUUCCUCAUUGGCAAGGACAGUACUCACGUCAUUCCUCCAGAGAUCUCAUUUGACAGCAGGCGUGCUUGUGUGAUUCGAGGCCAAGUGGUGGCCGUAGAUGGAACCCCUCUAGUAGGGGUGAAUGUUAGUUUCUUGCACCACAGUGAUUAUGGGUUUACCAUCAGCCGGCAAGAUGGAAGCUUUGACCUCGUAGCCAUUGGCGGUAUUUCCGUCAUCUUAAUUUUUGACCGAUCACCUUUCCUGUCUGAGAAGAGGACACUCUGGUUACCUUGGAAUCAGUUCAUUGUGGUAGAGAAAGUAACCAUGCAGAGAGUUGUAUCAGACCCACCAUCCUGCGACAUCUCCAACUUUAUCAGCCCAAACCCUAUUGUGCUUCCUUCACCACUCACAUCAUUUGGAGGUUCCUGUCCAGAGAGGGGAACUAUUGUUCCUGAGCUGCAGGUUGUACAGGAGGAGAUCCCCAUUCCUUCCAGCUUUGUGAGGCUGAGUUACCUGAGCAGCCGCACCCCUGGGUAUAAAACCCUCCUCCGGAUCCUUCUGACACAUUCGACCAUUCCUAUGGGAAUGAUAAAAGUACACCUCACGGUAGCUGUGGAAGGGCGACUCACGCAGAAGUGGUUUCCUGCUGCAAUUAAUCUCAUCUACACAUUUGCUUGGAACAAGACUGACAUCUAUGGUCAGAAGGUUUGGGGCCUGGCAGAGGCUUUGGUAUCUGUGGGAUAUGAAUAUGAAACAUGCCCUGACUUUAUUCUCUGGGAGAAAAGGACAGUCAUCUUACAAGGCUUUGAGAUGGAUGCUUCUAACCUAGGAGGCUGGUCAUUGAAUAAGCAUCAUAUUUUGAAUCCUCAAAGUGGAAUCAUACAUAAAGGGAAUGGAGAAAAUAUGUUCAUUUCCCAGCAGCCCCCAGUCAUAUCAACCAUAAUGGGUAAUGGACACCAACGAAGCGUAGCCUGUACCAACUGCAAUGGCCCAGCUCACAACAACAAACUCUUUGCUCCUGUUGCCUUAGCUUCUGGCCCUGAUGGUAGUGUGUAUGUUGGCGACUUUAAUUUUGUAAGACGAAUAUUUCCCUCGGGAAACUCCGUUAGUAUUUUGGAAUUAAGAAACAGAGAUACCAGACAUAGCACAAGUCCUGCUCACAAAUACUAUCUGGCUAUGGACCCUGUGUCUGAAUCACUUUAUCUAUCAGACACCAACACUCGAAAAGUCUACAGGUUGAAAUCUCUUGUGGAAACAAAAGAUCUGUCCAAGAAUUUUGAAGUGGUGGCAGGAACAGGUGAUCAGUGCCUUCCCUUUGACCAGAGUCACUGUGGAGAUGGCGGGAGAGCAUCAGAAGCUUCACUGAACAGCCCUCGAGGCAUCACAGUUGAUAGGCAUGGAUUCAUUUACUUCGUGGAUGGGACCAUGAUUCGGAGAAUUGAUGAGAAAGCGGUGAUCACAACUGUAAUCGGCUCAAACGGUCUGACUUCCACGCAGCCACUGAGCUGUGACUCGGGAAUGGACAUCACUCAGGUGCGAUUAGAGUGGCCAACAGACCUUGCAGUCAAUCCCAUGGACAAUUCAUUGUAUGUCUUGGAUAACAACAUUGUGCUGCAAAUUUCUGAGAACAGGCGUGUGCGGAUCAUUGCAGGACGCCCCAUCCACUGCCAGGUGCCAGGCAUCGAUCAUUUCUUGGUCAGCAAGGUGGCAAUUCACUCCACUCUGGAGUCAGCCAGGGCCAUCAGCAUCUCCCACAGCGGGCUGCUCUUCAUAGCUGAAACAGACGAGAGGAAAGUAAACCGCAUUCAGCAAGUCACCACCAACGGAGAGAUCUCCAUCAUAGCUGGUGCCCCUACUGACUGUGACUGCAAAAUUGAUCCCAACUGUGACUGUUUUUCAGGUGAUGGUGGCUAUGCCAAAGAUGCAAAAAUGAAAGCCCCUUCCUCCUUAGCAGUGUCACCUGAUGGUACCCUAUACGUCGCAGACCUUGGGAAUGUUCGAAUUCGUACCAUUAGCAGGAACCAAGCCCACCUGAAUGACAUGAACCUUUAUGAGAUUGCUUCACCUGCUGACCAGGAGCUCUACCAGUUCACUGUCAAUGGAACCCACCUGCACACCUUGAACUUGAUAACACGGGACUAUGUAUAUAAUUUCACCUACAAUGCCGAAGGUGACUUAGGUGCGGUUACCAGCAGCAAUGGCAACUCUGUGCACAUCCGCCGUGACGCAGGCGGGAUGCCCCUUUGGCUUGUGGUGCCUGGCGGGCAGGUGUACUGGCUGACCAUAAGCAGCAAUGGAGUCCUGAAAAGAGUGUCAGCCCAAGGCUAUAAUCUGGCCUUGAUGACCUAUCCAGGAAACACGGGGCUUUUGGCUACCAAAAGUAAUGAAAAUGGAUGGACAACUGUUUAUGAGUAUGACCCCGAGGGACAUCUGACCAAUGCAACGUUUCCCACUGGUGAGGUCAGCAGUUUCCACAGUGACCUGGAGAAGCUGACAAAAGUGGAACUAGAUACUUCCAACCGUGAAAAUGUCCUCAUGUCAACCAACUUGACAGCAACUAGUACCAUAUAUAUUUUAAAACAAGAAAAUACCCAGAGUACCUAUCGGGUGAGUCCAGACGGCUCCCUCCGCGUGACCUUUGCCAGCGGGAUGGAGAUCAGCCUCAGCUCAGAGCCCCACAUCUUGGCCGGGGCGGUCAACCCCACCCCAGGCAAAUGCAACAUCUCCCUGCCCGGAGAGCACAAUGCAAACCUCAUCGAGUGGCGGCAGCGCAGGGAGCAAAACAAAGGCAACAUUUCAGCUUUUGAAAGGAGACUGAGGGCCCAUAACCGAAACCUGCUCUCCAUAGAUUUUGAUCAUAUAACUCGCACGGGAAAGAUCUACGAUGACCACCGGAAAUUCACCCUUCGAAUUCUUUAUGACCAGACUGGACGACCUACUCUGUGGUCUCCCGUAAGCCGAUAUAAUGAAGUGAACAUCACAUAUUCACCUUCGGGAUUGGUGACGUUUAUUCAAAGAGGGACGUGGAAUGAAAAAAUGGAAUAUGACCAGAGCGGAAAAAUAAUUUCAAGAACUUGGGCUGAUGGGAAAAUUUGGAGCUAUACCUACUUAGAAAAGUCUGUGAUGCUUCUCUUACAUAGCCAGCGGCGCUACAUCUUUGAGUACGACCAGUCGGAUUGUCUGCUCUCAGUCACCAUGCCGAGUAUGGUGCGCCACAGCCUACAAACCAUGCUUUCAGUGGGCUACUACCGGAACAUCUACACCCCGCCAGACAGUAGCACUUCUUUUAUCCAAGACUACAGUCGGGACGGCCGACUGCUGCAGACCCUGCAUCUGGGAACAGGGCGCAGAGUUUUAUACAAAUACACCAAGCAAGCCAGGCUGUCUGAAGUUCUCUAUGAUACCACUCAGGUCACAUUAACAUAUGAAGAGUCUUCUGGAGUCAUUAAGACAAUACACCUGAUGCACGACGGCUUCAUUUGCACGAUCAGAUAUAGGCAAACAGGACCUCUUAUUGGACGCCAGAUCUUCAGAUUCAGCGAAGAAGGGCUGGUGAACGCUCGGUUUGACUACAGCUACAACAACUUCCGAGUUACCAGCAUGCAAGCUGUGAUCAACGAAACCCCUUUGCCCAUAGAUCUGUACCGAUAUGUUGAUGUUUCCGGUAGAACAGAGCAGUUUGGAAAAUUCAGUGUCAUUAAUUACGAUUUAAAUCAGGUCAUAACCACUACGGUGAUGAAGCACACCAAGAUCUUCAGUGCCAACGGACAAGUUAUUGAAGUCCAAUAUGAAAUCCUAAAGGCUAUUGCCUACUGGAUGACUAUUCAAUAUGAUAAUAUGGGGCGUAUGGUGAUAUGUGAUAUAAGAGUGGGAGUAGAUGCCAACAUAACGAGAUACUUCUAUGAAUACGAUGCCGAUGGGCAACUUCAGACUGUUUCUGUAAAUGACAAAACCCAGUGGCGUUAUAGUUAUGAUCUGAAUGGAAACAUCAACCUCUUAAGCCAUGGAAAUAGUGCUCGUCUUACUCCUCUCCGAUAUGACCUCCGAGACCGCAUCACCAGACUCGGAGAAAUUCAGUAUAAAAUGGAUGAAGAUGGCUUUCUGAGGCAGAGGGGAAAUGACAUAUUUGAAUAUAAUUCUAAUGGUCUGCUGCAGAAAGCCUACAAUAAGGCUGCUGGCUGGACUGUGCAGUAUUAUUAUGAUGGGCUUGGGCGACGUGUCGCCAGUAAGUCCAGCCUAGGGCAGCACCUUCAGUUCUUUUAUGCGGACCUGGCCAACCCCAUAAGAGUUACUCAUUUGUACAACCACACGAGCUCAGAGAUUACAUCCCUGUAUUAUGAUCUCCAAGGUCACCUUAUUGCCAUGGAGCUAAGCAGUGGUGAAGAAUAUUAUGUAGCUUGUGAUAAUAUAGGCACCCCACUGGCUGUGUUCAGCAGUCGAGGUCAGGUGAUAAAAGAGAUAUUGUACACGCCUUAUGGAGAUAUCUAUCAUGACACUUACCCUGACUUUCAGGUCGUCAUUGGUUUCCAUGGAGGACUCUAUGAUUUGCUUACUAAAUUAGUGCACCUGGGGCAAAGGGAUUACGAUGUUUUUGCUGGCAGGUGGACAACGCCUAAUCAUCACAUAUGGAAACAGUUGAACCUCCUUCCUAAACCAUUCAACCUCUACUCCUUUGAAAAUAACUACCCAGUUGGCAAAAUUCAAGAUGUUUCAAAGUAUACCACAGACAUUGGAAGUUGGUUGGAGCUGUUUGGUUUCCAGUUACACAAUGUUCUACCUGGAUUUCCCAAACCAGAAUUAGAAAAUUUGGAAUUAACUUAUGAGCUUCUACAGCUUCAGACAAAAACUCAAGAGUGGGAUCCUGGAAAGACUAUUCUGGGUAUUCAGUGUGAGCUCCAGAAACAGCUCAGGAAUUUCAUUUCCUUGGACCAACUUCCUAUGACUCCCCGAUACAAUGAUGGACGGUGCCUUGAAGGAGGGAAGCAACCAAGGUUUGCGGCUGUUCCUUCUGUUUUUGGAAAAGGUAUAAAAUUCGCCAUCAAGGAUGGCAUAGUAACAGCUGAUAUUAUAGGAGUAGCGAAUGAAGAUAGCAGGCGGCUUGCUGCCAUUCUCAAUAAUGCUCAUUACCUGGAAAACCUACAUUUUACCAUAGAGGGGAGGGACACUCACUACUUCAUUAAGCUUGGGUCUCUGGAGGAAGACCUGGUGCUCAUCGGUAACACUGGGGGGAGGCGGAUUCUAGAGAACGGUGUCAAUGUCACUGUGUCCCAGAUGACUUCUGUGUUGAAUGGGAGGACUAGACGGUUUGCAGAUAUCCAGCUCCAGCAUGGGGCUCUGUGCUUCAACAUCCGGUAUGGAACAACUGUCGAAGAGGAAAAGAAUCACGUGUUGGAGAUUGCCAGACAACGUGCUGUUGCCCAGGCCUGGACUAAGGAACAAAGAAGACUGCAAGAAGGGGAGGAGGGUAUUCGAGCAUGGACAGAGGGAGAAAAGCAGCAGCUUUUGAGCACUGGGAGGGUACAAGGUUAUGAUGGGUAUUUUGUUUUGUCUGUUGAGCAGUAUUUAGAACUUUCUGACAGUGCCAACAAUAUUCACUUUAUGAGACAGAGCGAAAUAGGCAGGAGGUAACAAAAAAAAUCUCUGCCUUUGCGUCACCAAAG